AUGAAGAUGACGACGAGAGUUGGUUUAGCUCUAUGCGUCGUCGUUUUGUGUGUCGGAAUCGGUGCUUUGGUUCUUCAUUUCGUCGAGGGAUUGGAGUUCGUUGAUUCGGUUUACGUAUCGGUUAUGUCGGUGACGACGGUUGGUUACGGUGGUUUCAAGACGGUCCAAGGGGGGCUUUUCGCGGCGGUUUGGAUUCUAGUUUCGACUCUCGCGGUGUUGCGUCCGUUUUUGUAUUUGGCGGCGUUGAGAAUCGAUCGCGGGAAUCGGAAAGCUGUGAAGUCGGCGUUGGAUAGAGAAAUCACCGUGGAGGAUUUGCUCGCGGCUGAUACCUAUAAACAUGGUUUCAUCAGUAAAUCAGAGUAUAUUGUGGUGAAGCUUAAAGAAAUGGGGAAGAUCCGUGAUAUAGAUAUUAACAAAGUUGUUAAUCAGUUUGAUAAACUUGAUCCUAAUAGUUUGGGGAAAAUCACAUUACCUGAUCUUUUGGGGGCUCUUUUGUGA